UCCUCUCCUGCGUCUUCUACUCUCUCUCUUCUCACUCUAAAUGAUAGCUUCCAGUUGCAGGCCCCUUUUCAAUUUCAGAAUGUGUCGUGUUCUGAAAUUUACAUGCACCUAUGCUGCUCUAAACCCUCCCAAUCACUUGGCUGCCUUGGAACAACCUCGUUACCGUGGGUUGAGCUCUAGUGUUGACAUGUAUAGUACAAAAGUAACAAAACACAAGCCAAGAACCGGUGUCAGUUCGGUUUGGAGACCAGUGAGUAAACUCAGUACCCAAGUUGAAGUCAGUUCCAAUCAAGAAUGCUCAGUAGGGGAGGUUACGGAUAAGUUGGAAGAAGAAGUGAGCUUUUGCUCAUCUAUCAAGAUGUCGAGUGCUCAAGAUGACAUAGAGGUGGCUUCAGCUGUUACUGAAGCAACUAAGCUCACUGCUUGUUCAAGUGCUUCGCAAGAUAAUAAAUUUUUGGGAGGAGAAUCGGUGGUGUUAAGCGAAAAGCAUUCAAUUUCUGUUGAGGUUGGAGCUUCUUUGCACCGCUUUAUCAGAGGAAAAGGAGGGUCUACUCAGAGAAUGAUUGAAGAUGAGAUGGGAGUGAAGAUUAAAAUCCCUUGGUCAAAGAAAGAGGAUUCCAUAAUUAUUGAAGGCCUCUCAACUGAAAGCGUAAGUAGAGCUUCGGAGAAAAUACAAGCUAUAAUUGAUGAGGCAGUUAAAAGCCCAAGUCUUGAUUACUCUCACUUCAUUUCACUUCCACUAGCGAUACAUACUGAUUUAGUUGACAAGCUGGUCAACUUUCAGAACUCCAUCCUAGGAAGUACUGAUUCUUCCGGGGCUGAGAAUCUGAACAGUGGUUUGAAUGAAGAUGAAGAUAAAAAAUUAGAGAAAAGAUCUGAUGUUGCAGUUGAUCUUAAAGCUGAUGUAAAAGUGAACAUGACCAACAUACCAUUUGUCAGUUAUGCACCGAAUUCAUCAAAGUCUUCUGCUCUAUCUGACUUGGGCAUUGAGAGAUCAAUCUUUAUUAAACCGGAAACAUUCAACCUAACUGUGCUCAUGUUGAAGUUGUGGAACAAGGACAGAAUUCAUGCAGCUACUGAGGUUUUGCAGAGCAUCUCUUCAGAAGUGAUUCUAUCAAUAAGACUCAAGGGACUGAAUUGUAUGAGAGGUUCUUUUGCCAAAGCUGGUGUUUUAUAUGCGCCCGUUGAAGAAAUUGGCAGUGAGGGUCGACUUAUGCGUGCCUGUUAAGUCAUUAUUGAUGCAUUUUUCAAAGCAGGACUUGUUCUAGAGAAAGAUGCUAGUCAGAACUUAAAGCUCCAUGCAACCGUGAUAAAUGCAAGGCAUAGGAAAAGGAGGAAUCAGAAGAGUAAAUUUAGUACUUUUGAUGCUCGUGGCAUUUAUAAGCAGUAAGGAUCUGAGGAAUGGGGAGAAUAUCUUAUCCGUGAAGCUCACCUUUCACAAAGGUUUGUGUUCGAUGACAAGGGAUAUUAUCAUUGUUGUGCUUCUAUACCUUUUCCAGAAAUAUGCAAAUAAGACUUGCUUUCUCUAUGCUAUCGAUGCAUUCGAUUUUCUACCUGAGUAGGAAACGAUAUGUAAGAUGGGAAAGAAGUUAUGGCAAUAAACUCAGAUUUACUAUGCUGUUACAAUGAUGAUUUUGAAAAUCUAGCUUAAUCAAAGUUCAGUGCUCUUUUUUAUCACUUGUUU